AUGAUAGCCACUGUAUCGAUCAUCCCAAAAAAGACCCCACAACUAAAGAAACUGAAUAAGGAUGAUGGCAUUGAAGCCUACCUCACUGCAUUUGAAAUAUCUUACACACUGUCUUUUCUGACUGUAAAACAAUACGCAAUUCAGUUUGUACUCAGUGAUGAGUUUAGCCAUCUUCGACCAGAACAGAGACUGGCUCUGUUGCAUGAAGGAACUGGCCCACGCGUUAUUUCUGCUUUUGUUGAGAUUAUAUUUGACAACUCUGACAAUAGGUUGCCGAUUGACAAAGAAGAAGUCUCUCUUAGACGAGUCAUCGGAGCCAAAAAGGACCAGUACUUCUUGGACAAGAAAAUGGUGACGAAGAAUGAUGUAAUGAAUCUUCUUGAAAGUGCAGGCUUUUCUCGAAGCAACCCUUACUAUAUUGUCAAACAGGGAAAGAUCAAUCAAAUGGCUACUGCUCCUGACUCACAGAGGUUGAAACUACUAAGAGAGGUAGCUGGUACCAGAGUAUAUGAUGAACGCAAAGAGGAAAGUAUUUCCCUUAUGAAAGAAACUGAGGGCAAAAGAGAAAAAAUUAAUGAGCUGUUAAAGUACAUUGAAGAGCGUUUGCAUACUUUGGAGGAGGAAAAAGAAGAACUUGCACAGUACCAGAAAUGGGAUAAAAUGAGGAGAGCGCUGGAGUACACCAUUUAUAACCAAGAGCUCAAUGAAACCAGGGCAAAGCUUGAUGAGCUCUCCUCAAAGCGAGAGACAAGUGGAGAAAAAUCCCGACAGUUGCGAGAUGCUCAGCAAGAAGCACGAGAUAAAAUGGAGGAAAUUGAGCGCCAGGCUCGUGAAUUGAAGGCAAAGAUAUCUUCUAUGAAAGAAGAGAAGGAGCAGCUGUGUGCCGAAAGACAAGACCAAAUCAAGCAACGGACAAAGCUGGAACUUAAAGCCAAGGACUUGCAGGAUGAGCUGGCUGGAAACAGUGAACAGAGGAAACGUUUGUUAAAAGAAAGACACAAGCUUUUGGAAAAGAUUGAAGAGAAGCAAAAGGAGCUAGCGGAAACUGGACCAAAAUUCUCUGCUGUUAAAGAAAAAGAAGAAAAUGGCAUUGCAAGGCUGGCUCAGGCAACCCAAGAACGAACUGAUCUGUAUGCCAAACAAGGACGAGGCAGUCAGUUCACAUCAAAAGAAGAAAGAGAUAAAUGGAUUAAAAAAGAACUCAAAUCAUUGGAUCAAGCUAUUAAUGAUAAAAAACGUCAGAUUGCUACAAUCAGCAAGGACUUGGAAGAGUCUGAGGCUAAUAAAGAGAAGAACCAGGAGCAGUAUAUAAAACUGGACCAAGACUUGAAUGAAGUUAAGACUCGAGUAGAAGAGCUAGAUAAAAAGUACUACGAAGUGAAAACUAAGAAGGACGAACUUCAAAGUGAAAGGAAUUACUUAUGGCGAGAAGAAAAUGCUGAGCAGCAAGCCCUUGCAGCAAAACGAGAAGAACUGGAAAAGAAGCAGCAACUUCUACGAGCAGCAACGGGAAAAGCCAUUCUGAAUGGUAUUGAUAGCAUCAACAAAGUAUUGGAGCACUUCCGCCGAAAAGGCAUAAACCAGCAUGUCAUUAAUGGCUACCAUGGUAUUGUGAUGAAUAACUUUGAAUGUGAGCCAGCGUUUUAUACAUGUGUGGAAGUAACUGCUGGAAACAGGUUGUUCUAUCACAUUGUUGGUACAGAUGAAGUAAGCACUAAGAUUUUGAUGGAGUUUAAUAAAAUGAACUUGCCAGGAGAAGUGACUUUCUUACCUCUCAAUAAGCUGGAUGUCAGGGAUACAGCUUAUCCAGAAACCAAUGAUGCUAUUCCUAUGAUCAGUAAGCUCAAGUACAAUCCAAGGUUUGACAAAGCUUUUAAGCAUGUGUUUGGAAAGACAUUAAUCUGCCGCAGUAUGGAAGUCUCUACUCAGCUGGCCCGAGCUUUCACUAUGGAUUGUAUUACACUAGAAGGUGAUCAGGUAAGCCAUCGUGGUGCCUUGACUGGUGGGUACUAUGACACCAGAAAAUCCAGACUAGAACUUCAAAAGGAUGUCAGAAAAACAGAAGAGGAAUUAAUCGAACUUGAAGCAAAACUAAAUGAUAAUUUGCGCAGAAAUAUUGAAAGGAUCAAUAAUGAAAUUGACCAGUUAAUGAACCAGAUGCAACAGAUUGAGACCCAACAGCGAAAGUUCAAGGCUUCUAGAGAUAGUAUUCUGUCAGAGAUGAAGAUGUUGAAGGAAAAACGUCUUCAAUCUGAGAAAACCUUCAUGCCCAAGCAACGCAGUUUACAAAGCUUAGAGGCAAGUCUGCAUGCUAUGGAGUCCACUCGGGAGUCUUUGAAAGCCGAGCUGGGGACAGAUCUGUUAUCACAGCUCAGUCUCGAUGACCAGAAAAGAGUAGAUGCACUUAAUGAUGAGAUUCGCAUACUACAACAGGACAACAGACAGCUAUUAAAUGAAAGAAUUAAACUGGAGGGCAUCAUUACCAGAGUAGAAACUUACCUUAAUGAGAAUCUGAAGAAACGUUUGGACCAAGUAGAACAGGAAUUGAAUGAACUGAGGGAAACAGAAGGUGGCACAGUCCUUACUGCCACUACUUCAGAACUAGAAGCCAUUAACAAGCGUGUGAAGGAUACCAUGUCACGAGUAGAAGAUCUAGACGGUUUCAUUGAUAAAACAGAAGCAGAGGUAAAGGAUAAAUUGAAAAGUAUGGAUAGAUGGAAAUCCACGGAAAAAGAACACAUGGAUGCCAUCAAUCAUGAUGCAAAGGAGCUGGAAAAGAUGACAAAUCGUCAGGGCAUGCUUCUUAAGAAGAAAGAAGAAUGUAUGAAGAAGAUCAGAGAACUAGGUUCUUUACCACAGGAAGCUUUUGAAAAGUAUCAAACACAUACACUUAAGCAGCUUUUUCGCAAGUUGGAACAGUGCAAUACUGAACUAAAAAAGUAUAGUCAUGUCAACAAGAAAGCUUUGGACCAGUUUGUGAAUUUUUCUGAGCAGAAAGAGAAACUGAUAAAAAGACAAGAAGAACUGGACAGAGGUUACAAGUCUAUCAUGGAACUGAUGAAUGUGUUGGAAUUGAGAAAGUAUGAAGCUAUACAGUUAACCUUCAAACAGGUGUCAAAGAAUUUCAGUGAAGUGUUUUCAAAGUUAGUGCCCAGUGGCAAAGCAACUCUGGUAAUGAAGAAGGGUGAUGCUGAAGGCAGCCAAUCUCAAGAUGAAGGAGAGGGUGGUACUGAAAGUGAAAAAGGAUCAGGAUCCCAGAGUAGUGUUCCAUCUGUAGACCAGUUCACUGGUGUAGGAAUUCGGGUGUCGUUUACAGGAAAACAAGCAGAGAUGAGAGAAAUGCAACAACUUUCUGGGGGUCAGAAGUCUCUGGUGGCACUUGCUCUAAUUUUUGCAAUUCAGAAAUGUGAUCCUGCUCCUUUCUAUCUGUUUGAUGAAAUUGACCAAGCCUUAGAUGCUCAGCACAGAAAGGCUGUUUCAGAUAUGAUUCUGGAACUGGCUGGACAUGCUCAGUUUAUCACCACUACUUUCAGGCCAGAGCUGCUCGAAUCUGCUGACAAAUUCUAUGGUGUGAAAUUUAGAAACAAGGUAAGAUAUUCAUUCCUCAUCCAGAACGUAUAUUGA